UUAAUUAGCAUGGGCGGGCAGAGCUGUCUGAGCAUCUGUACACAUUUUUUACUAAAACUUUACAUCAUCCACAAUUUGAGAGUGACACGGGACAAUGUCGGAUGUAGGAUUAUAUCAAUUUUAUGACGGACGCAGUAAACUCGGGGAAUAUGAAGAAGACAGAAAUGAAGCAGGAGAGAGACACGGAGUCGGUAAAGCUGUUCUGCCCAACGGAGACAUUCAUUAAGGACAGUACGAGAACGGCAGAAGACACGGACAGGGGACGUAUCACUUCAAGAUUGGGGCAAGAUAUGUGGGAGGCUAUUACCAGAACAUGAAACAUGGACAGGGCACCUUCUACUAUCCAGAUGGAUCUAAAUAUGAAGGGUCGUGGGUUGAGGAACUGAGACAGGGUCAUGGUGUAUACACUUACCCUAAUGGUGACACCUAUGAUGGAGAGUGGCUGCAUCAUACGAGGCAUGGCCAGGGCGUUUACCACUACAAGGAAACUGGCUCAGAAUACAAGGGCUCAUGGGUGAAUGGCAAGAUGGAGUCAGCUGGAGAGUACAUCCACUCUAACCACAGAUACAAGGGUAACUUUGUCAACAAUAAUCCGUAUGGCCAGGGGAAGUAUGUGUUCGACACUGGCUGUGAGCAGCAUGGUGAAUACCACCAAGCAGAGCAGGACCGAGCUGAGGGCAAGUGGGGCGAGUUGGCCUCCACCACCAUCCUCAAGUGGAUUCCCAAGUGUAUCACUGGCCUGACACCAUGGACUCCAGCCAAAGACACCUCAGGAAGGGAAAAGGAAACCGGUUCAGCAGAGGAGGGAGCAGAGAACUGAGCUGUGUGAUCAGCCCACAAUCCUCAUUUUUUAACCUAUGUUUAAAAGGCAAAAUAACAUAAACAUAUUAAUGAAUGUGUAAAUAAAUUUGUUAAGCUUGUAUUUUUUUGUGUUUCCUCAUGAAGAUGUGUGGUUGUAGCAACUGGAAACUUUCCAUUACCUACUGUGAUUAUCAUAGUGUGUACUUUAAUAAAGUGCAGUGCCCCCUUGUG